AGAGCCCUCUACAGGGACGUCAUGCAGGAGAACUAUGAGACGGUGACCUCGCUGGCAGAGCACAGGGACAGGUUCCACUCACGGAAUGUCCUUUCUGACAAAUACUCCACCAAUGCUCCACGCACCCAGAUCUGGUCUGAUUUGACCCUCUGCACAGGAUUUCCCAUUCCCAAACCUGAGCUGAUCGCCCGGCUGGAACGAGGGGAAGAGCCGUGGGUACCCGAUCUCCAGGCCUGCGAGGAAAGAAGGCUUCUGAGAUGCACCCGUACAGCAGGUGCUGAGCGAGGGAGUGAGAACGAGGAGGGGAAUCAUCAUGAGGAAGUUCCUGGAGAAGUUCAACCACAGGGGACCUUUGUGGGAAGAGCUGAAAGGAAAUGUUUCAGUUCAAAGUCAGCACGAAAGUCACUUAAGAAAAGCCAUAGAGGAGAAAGACCCCACAAGUGCUUGGACUGUGGGAAAAGUUUCACAGAGAGGUCAAACCUUGUUAACCAUCAGGCAAUCCACACACAAGAGCGAUCCCAUAAGUGCUUACACUGUGGGAAAACUUUCACAUGUAGGUCGGCGCUUGUUAAUCAUCUGCCAACCCACACAGGAGAAAGACCCCACAAGUGCUUGGACUGUGGGAAAAGUUUCAUGCAAAAGUCACACCUUGUUAAACAUCAGGCAAUCCACACAGGAGAGAGACCCCACAAGUGCUUGGACUGUGGGAAAAGUUUUAUAAGAAGGUCAAACCUUGUUGAACAUCAGGCACUCCACACAGGAGAGAGACCCCACAAGUGCUUGGACUGUGGGGAAAGCUUCAUACGAAGGUCAGACCUUGUUUGUCAUCAGUCAGUC